CGAGAGCUUCCGUGAAGGUGAGGCGGAGGCGGAGACCUCCCUUUGCGUCUUUUGCUUUCCAUCUUAAGGACUUCAACUCAGACGAGAUCAUGAACUUGUGGACAGACGACAGCGCCUCCGCCAUGGACGCCUUCAUGACUUCCGCCGACCUCCAGGGCUUCCCCUGGCUCCUUCCCUCCACUCCCCCGCCGCCCUCCACCCAGGACUCCCUCCAGCACCGCCUGCAGGCUCUUAUCGACGGGGCGCGCGAGCCCUGGACCUACGUCAUCUACUGGCAGUCCUCUGUCGACGACGCCUCCGGCGCCUCCUUGCUUGGCUGGGGCGACGGUUACUACAAGGGCUGCGAGGAGCACAAGCGGAAGCAACGAUCUGGGACCGCAUCCUUCUCCGCCGAGCAGGAUUACAGGAAGCGCGUCCUGCGCGAGCUCAACUCGCUCAUUUCCGGCGGCGGCGGGCCCUCCGGGACUGAUGAGGCCGUCGAUGAGGAAGUCACCGACACGGAGUGGUUCUUCCUUGUGUCCAUGACUCAGUCCUUCGUUAACGGCAGCGGGAUCCCUGGACAGGUCUUCUAUGCCGGUAACCCUUCCUGGAUUGCUGGCGCCGGCCGCCUUGCCGCGGCGACCUGCGAGCGAGCACGCCAGGCGCAGGCCUUGGGCCUCCAGACUAUGGUCUGUGUCCCUGUUGGCUCCGGCGUGCUUGAGCUCGGUUCCGCCGAUAUCAUCGCCCACAACACCGAGAUCAUGGGCCAGAUCCGCGCCCACUUCAACUUCAACUCUCCCGACGCCCCAUCCGUUUCUGCAGCAGGCGGCGCUUCGUCAUCCUGGUUGACACCACAAUCUGCAGCAGCUACCCCAGCCCCUGAACUGGGGGAGACCGAUCCGUCCGUGCUUUGGCUCACAGAUCCUGCAGCGAUCGAAAUGAAGGACUCCGUCUCUGCCACUGCCAACAUAUCAGUCACAAAAGCCCCAAUUCAAUUCGAAAACAACCCUAGCUCCACCAUGCUCACCCAGAACCCUAGCUCUUCGGUCCAGAUCCAGAAACAUCACCAACAGUUGCAGCACCAGAAUAAUCCGCAGAACCAUUCUUCUUUCUUCUCCAAAGACUUCAAUUUUUCAGAGUUAAACUCGAAUCCGUCCAUAGCUCCUCAGUCGUUCAAGCCGGAUUCCAGGGAAAUCCUCAAUUUUUCUGGUAGCAAGAACAGUUCCUCGCUCGCCCCAGUUGCAGUUGCAGGGGGCUUCUUGUCCCAUCCCCAAGCAGCUGCCGUCCCCGCUGCCGCGGUGGACAACAAGAAGAACAAGAAAUCAACCGGGGCGGUAUCCAGUGUUACCAACGACGAAGCCAUGCUUUCCUUCUCUUCGGCUCCAACUAGACCGCCCUCCAACGGCCAACUGUUGUCUUCCGGCUGUGGCGCGAUUCCGGACGGCCCGGAUUCCGAUCAGUCCGACCUCGACGCCUCGAUGCGGGAGGUGGAGAGCAGCCGAGUGGUGGAACCAGAGAAGCGACCAAAGAAGCGCGGGAGGAAGCCUGCCAACGGCCGUGAGGAACCUCUAAAUCACGUAGAAGCCGAACGGCAGCGCCGCGAGAAGCUCAACCAGAGAUUCUACGCUCUCCGCGCCGUAGUCCCCAACGUGUCCAAGAUGGACAAAGCCUCCCUCCUCGGCGACGCCGUCUCAUACAUCGAAGAACUCCGGUCAAAGAUCCAAGCUUUGGACCUCGAGAAGGAGGAGCUACAAGCACAAUCGGACGCCCUCAAGCAACAGCACGCAUCCGCCCCUGCUCGGCCAACUGGGUACAACCACAAGGCCAUGAAUGGCGCAAGUCGAUGCUUUGGGGUGGAGCUGGAAGUGAAGAUACUGGGAUUAGAGGCCAUGAUAAGAGUACAGUGCCAAAGAAGGAAUCACCCGGCCGCGACGCUGAUGGCUGCGCUGCAAGAGCUGAAUCUAGAAGUACACUACGCCAGUGUGUCCGUGGUGAAGGACCUCGUGAUCCAGCAGGCUACAGUCAAGAUGUCGAGCCAAGUGUACACACAGGAGCAGCUUAAUACUGCCCUCUACUCUCGAUUGACCUCAUAGUAACGGGGAAAAUUGCUAGAUUGCUUGAUUAGUUCGCCUUCUUGGUGGCAGGAAGAGUUUGUAGAUCAGGUAACAAUCAAUGUAGCUCAUUAUUUCUGCCGCGGUUCGUCCAUGAACUUGUGAAUACUCUUCACAAGAGAUGAAGCUGCUUUUGUAGAGAUUGUGUUGUAUGCGUACGGUUAGAAAUGUGAAUGGAAAAUGAGAGGUGGAAGAAUCAGAGGGGGAAGGAGUAGAUUUCAUUGUAAAUGGAUUUUAAUACCACAAUGAAAGUUUUAUGGCCUUAGUGUUGAUUUA